CCUAGGUGAUCCGCAGCCCUGGUCAACUUGGCCGGCGUCAGGUCAGGUGCCUGGUGACCUAGACAGGAAGGUGCCUUCACGUGCCUCAAAGACCCCCAACCCGGGAUGCUCUCAGGGACCGAAGUGAGAGCUACAGAAACCAGGAAGUGGAGUCACAGAAAUAGGCUCCAAGGUCGCCCACCCACCCUUAGGUUGCUGUUUUAUAUCACGCUGAAGCGCACGUCGGGUGCCCACCAUGAGCGCUGGCCCGGCCCCGCCAGAGGGUGGCCGGCUCCUUCCUCCCUUAUCUGGCCAGUCCCGGUUAGGCAACCUGAAGGCCCCGCCCCGUCAUGGGUAGCCCCGCCCCGCCUGGAGACGCCCCGCCCCGCCAAGGGUGGCCCCUCCCCGCGGCCGGCCCCGGCACCUAUAUCCCGGCGGCCUGGCGCUCCCGAGGGCCCCGCUCCGGAGGUCUGAGACCGCGGCAGGAGAGCAUCUCGGUGCCCGCCCCCGUAGGACGGGCCGCUGGGACAGAGCCAUUUAUCCAGCGCUCGCUGUGUGCCUCCGGUCCUCCGCACCGUGGGGAGACGGGCGACGCAGGGACAGGUGGCCGUACAGGUGCGUGGCGCAUGUGCUCCCGGGCCGUCACCAGGCCCUGCCCCGUCCCCUGUUGGACUAGACCAGAGGAUGGGCAGCAGCUCGCUGUCCGAGGACUACCGCCUGUGCCUGGAGCGAGAACUGCGGCGCGGCCGCGCGGGCGUGUGCGGGGACCCAUCACUGCGCGCCGUGCUCUGGCAGAUCCUGGUGGAAGACUUCGACUUGCACGGGGCGCUGCAGGAUGACGCGCUGGCGCUGCUCACCGAUGGCCUGUGGGGCCGCGCUGACCUGGCCCCCGCGCUGCGCGGCCUGGCCCGCGCCUUUGAGCUGCUGGAGUUGGCCGCAGUCCACCUGUAUCUGCUGCCCUGGAGGAAGGAGUUCACCACCAUCAAGACCUUCUCAGGGGGCUAUGUGCACGUGCUGAAGGGUGCACUCUCGGAGGACCUCCUCAUCCAGAGCUUCCAGAAGAUGGGCUACGUGCGUGGGGACAACCACCGCCUCAUGGUGGCCACCCCGCCCCCCGCCUGCCAGCUGGUACAAGUGGCCCUGGGCUGCUUCGCCCUGAGGCUGGAAUGCGAGAUCCUCAGUGAGGUGCUGGCGCAGCUGGGCACCAGCGUGCUUCCGGCUGAGGAACUGCUGCAGGCUCGGCGGGCCAGUGCGGACGUGGCCUCCUGUGUGGCUAGGCUGCAGCAGCGACUGGCCCAGGAGGAGGAGCCGCCGCCCCUGCCCCCCCGAGGCUCCCCGACUGUGUACCGGGCCCAGCUGGACCUGUACCUGGACCCGCAGGAAGACCAGGGCUCGGAGGAGGCCAUCCUGUAUGGGGGGCCCUCACCAGGCCUGGACUCACCCAGCUCAGAGCUGGCCUACCGGCCUCUGUUCUGGGAGCAGAGCGCCAAACUCUGGGGGGCAGGGAGCGAGGCCUGGGAGCCAGCAGAGGCCAGCAGCCCGCCCUAUGGGCCCUUGGAGGAGCUGGAGCCUGAGGCCUUCUCCUUCCUCUCACUGCGCCAAGAGCUGCUGAGUCAGCCCAGAGACGCAAUGACUCCAGAGAGCCCCAGGAGCCCUGAGCAGGCCGGCCCCCCACGUGUGCACAGGCCUGUCCCCGAGCCCCCAGGCUACCAGGCUCACAGCUGCCUAGCCCCUGGCACCCUGCCCAUCCUCUGCUGUGACACGUGCCAUCAGCUGCAUGCUGCCCACUGUCCUGCCCUGCCUGCCUGCCGCCCAGGCCAUGUGCUGCGUGUACUACGUGGGGACACCCAGCGGCGCCUGUGGCUGCAGCGAGCACAGGUGGAAACCCUGCUCUACGAGGGCCCUGGGGCCCAGCCAUAGGCCCACCCAGGCCUUGGGUCAAGGGCUUUCUGGAGACAGUUUCUGUGGUGCUUUUCUAGGCCUCGUCCAUCCUCGGGCCUGGGUCACUGGCCACCCUGCCCCUCCUGCCCCCCACUGAGGAGCCCUGAGCAGUGACGUGGGGGUCUCGCCUUCCAUGGAGAGCCCCCACCUCGGGCUGGCCCAUCCCCGCCCUUGACACCUAGACCCAUGCCCAGACAUGCUGGGUAGAGGAGCCAGCACACCUGUCACCAGGAACGACCCUCACCCUCCUCUUUCACCCCUCCCGCCACCCGACCUCAGGUCAGCCCGUAGCUCCCGACCUGCUCCCUGUUAAGUGUCCAGGGGGAUGCUCCACAGAGGGUUGUCCUUGGGGCCUGCAGAUGACCUCAUGGGCCCCUGAGCUUUGCUGAGACCAGUCUCGGCGCCUUUUCAGUGCAUAGCUGACCUCCUGAUGGGGGGGACCUGGGCCCACCAUGGGUAUCAGAGGCCAGCACUGAAUAAGCUGAGUGCUGACUUGAGACCAGCCCCAUGGGCCCCGGCUGCACCUAGGGGAGGAGAAAUGGUCUCAUCUCCCACCAGAGUAAAGACCUAAGAGCAGCGAGUGGGAGGUGGGUGGCGGGUGGCCACUUACAGGUGGAGUGUGAGGGGGCUCCUGAGCCCCCCACACUGAUGCUUACUGUUGCACUGACUCUGGAGGACAGAGUGGAAGAGUUUAAAAGCUUCCCACCCAAAAGCCCACCCCAGAUUCAGUGGUGAAGACGCAAAAGCAGCUGCCUCCAGGCCGACUUCUGAGGCCAUAGCAGACAGGCAGAGUCACUUUUCCCUGGGGGUGGUC